UAGUACAGUGUACAGUUAGUAAUUAGUAACACAACAAAGUUAAGUUGAGUGACGUGUGAGAUGACAUUUAAGAAGUAAUAAAUCGAUCUAUCAAAAAUCGUAAAUAUUCUCUAUUAUUUACCAAGCUUAAGUGAUUGAAAGUAUCGAAACUCGUUAUACUAAGAGUAAGAUUGCUGAUUAAGCCUAAUUCCUUGGAUAGUGAGGAAAUGAAUUUUAUGGUUAGACCGAUCAGACCAGGAUAUCUAAUUUUCCAAAAUUGUAUUUGUCAGAGAAUUAUUAACUCACAGAGGACAGUCUUGUCUCCAGUCAACAUUAAAGUGUCAUGCUACAAAAGUAGGCACUACAUGGGUGAAACACACAUUACUAACGGGAACUCAUUGCCCCAGAGCUCCUCUUUGUUACAACCGAAGAAUGUUGAGCUUACAACUUUGUCGGAUCAAAAUUUCAGUUCAUCAAGUGAAAACCAAACUCCAACGACAGAUGAGGUUAAAACUCUUUCAAACAAAGACAAACUGAAGAGAGCUAUAAAGGAUUACGGGGCCACUGUCAUUGUGUUUCAUAUAACAAUCUCACUAAUGUCACUUGGCACAUCAUAUUUAGUUAUAUCAAGUGGUGUGGAUGUAGGCAGUCUACUGGCCAAAGUAGGGUUGGACCCAGAGAGCACCCUGACUGCAGGCGCAAGCACGUUCGUGGUCGCUUACGCAGUACACAAGCUGUUUGCGCCUGUCAGAAUAAGCAUCACCUUGGGGGCCACUCCAUUCAUCGUGAGGUACCUACGAAGAAUCGGCGUCCUGAAGCCUCCUAAAGUUUAAGUUUUUUUUAUAAAAGCAGUAAAACGUCAACAGCAAAAUCAUUGAAGAAAGAGUUUUAUCAUGAGUGACCUUGAAACUGGAAUCCUUAUAAUAGACUGAGUAAUUGAUAGCUCAAAACAUUGAUAAGAAAUGUAACAUUGAUAAUUUAUCAACACCUUGAGAACUUUUCCAUUGAAGUUUUACUGAUUUAUGUGUUUGCUCAGUUUAGUUAGCGAUGUUAUGGCAUAGUUAUUUCUUUCAAAGUCUAUUGUAUUUUUUAAAUAUUUUUUAAGACUAUAAUUUAUUAGGAUAAAAAUUUAACUUUAGUUGCAAUACUCUUUCAACCAAAUACAAUGUAGAUCCCGACUGUAUUACAAUUUAAUAAUAUAGUUCAUAACAAGAGUAGAAAGUGAGUCAUUACAUAUUUUAGACCAAAUGGUCGAGAAUAUGUAUAGACCCACGUUCACUUGUGUUUUGAACGUUACUUUUCGCUACACUACAAAGAAUAAUUGUUUUCUUCAUUACAAAACUCAUAGAACCGUUUAAAUUAUGCCUUCGAUUUAAAGUUAAUGUUUACUUUAGUUGUUGAAAAUUGAAACAGUUGAUAAAACAAUAGCAAAUAUUAGUUUGUUUACGUCGGCAAAAUCCAAAAAAAGAUAAUUAACAUUACUUUCGCAUAGUAAACAUUCUUGUGCCGUAGUAAAAAAUAAAAUGAUAGAUUUUUGCAGGUGAUAAACAUGCAACUAAAACAUUUCAUUUCACAGUAGUGUAGCGAAAAACAUAACUAUAUAAUAAGCAUUGCAAUAAUAAAAAUUGUUUUUGUAUGAAUUGUGAAAA